GCACUUCAUUGCAUGAUACAAUUUAGUCUUCCUAUAUCACAUUUUACUUUAGGGUUAACAAUAAAUCAAAUUGCAAAUAUACUUUUAAAUUCUCUUAAGAAUAUUUAAAGUAAAUAAAAAUUUGUUUAUUGUAAUAUCACAUGUUUUUAUAAUUGUCAUAUGUUUUAAUCAUACAUGCACAUAUGCAUAAACAUAUUUACAUGAUACAUGAUAUAUUUACAUAUAUACAUGCAUAGAAGGAGAAGAAGUAUACAAAGUAAAUACUGUAUAUAUUCUCUGUAGGUUAUUUUAUUAAGCAACGAUGUCUGGAGAACAAUUUUCUUUAAUAUGGAAUAGUUUUCCAAGAAAUUUGUCUUCCGGUUUAUAUACUUUAUUAAUUGACGAACAGCUUGUCGAUGUAACUUUGACAGCCGAAGGACAAAUUUUAAGAGCACAUAAAUUGAUAUUAUCAGUUUGUAGUAGUUACUUCAAUAGACUUUUUAAGGAAAAUUCUUGUAAACAUCCAAUUGUAAUAUUAAAAGAUGUCAAUUAUCGUGACUUAUUUGCCAUACUUCAAUUCAUGUAUCAAGGAGAAGUUAGUAUUAAGCAAGAGGAUAUUAGUAAUUUUUUAAAAGUAGCUGAAAUAUUACAAAUAAAAGGAUUAACUACAGAAAGAAAGGAGAAAAAGGACAAAACGUUGGAUGAUAACGAUGAGAAAUUAGAUUGUGAUUAUGAAGAUGUUUAUCCGUGCAAUAAAUUAACAGAAUCUUUGAACGAUAAAGAGAUACAAAAUGAAAAUACUAUUCUUCCUUCCUCGGAUUCUGUAGUAAACAAUUUAAGUAUUAUGGAAACAAAUGAAACUAAUGAAAUUCCAUAUUCAAAAAAUGUUAUUUCUAAUACGGAUUGUAAUUCUGAAAAAACAUUAUUUAUUGAAUCGUAUAACGAUCAAACUGCAAAGGAACCUUUCGACUAUACUUCUAACAUAAAUCACCUGGAAGAAAUGACAUAUGAAUCCUCUGAUUAUAUGGCUGAUGAUACGGAUGUAAAAGCGAUGUAUAAAUCAGAUACGCUAUAUAAUGAGAAUAUACAAAAAUCAGAUUCAGAAUCAGAUACGCAAUUAAAAUCUGCUGAAAAAUCUUUUGGUCUGACUAAUAUGGUGAUUGAAGAACAUAAAAACUUGAGAUAUGACCCAGCUAAUUGUGGCAAAAAGCGUAAAUAUAACAAAGGUAAUCGUAAUAAUGCGUUAUCCCCAGAAACAAUAUUGCGUCUAGUCUCAGAAAUAAAACCAACAUUUCACAUGGAAAAGGGUAAAUUAGUGCAGGUUUAUUCAUGUCCUAAGUGUCUUCGUAACUUUACGCGUAGAGAAAAUUUAAAAUUACAUGUUCGUUAUAUUCAUGGUCCACUGGAAAGUCUUACAUGUAAGCUUUGUGGUAAUAAAUAUAAAAAUAGCAACAGCUUGCGUGUACACUCUUACCUUUAUCAUAAUUCUAAACGGAAUAAACAUAAUAAAUCGCUUGUAAAUAAAAGUAAAUAGGAAUGGAAAUUACACAUAUUUUUUAUA